CGCGAUAGCUCGGAGGUAGAGCCCCGACCGGUAAUUGGUACAUGGCAGGUUCGAUUCGCGUUCGAUUCGGAGGAAGAAAGUUUUGCACUCGAAACCGAGUGCUGGUGUAUCAAUAUCAUUAAUGUUGUUGUGAGCCUGAGCCAGCAGCAGGCUAUGAUCCGGCUUAUACCUCUAUUAUCCACUUACAAGAAGCAGCUAAUGACUACAACAGCAGCAGCAGCAGCAGCAGCAGGAGAUGUGGACAGCAGAAGGGUGUGGUGCUGGGCCGAUGCUUCACUGAGACGGCGUUAUUCGAUGAUCGUUCGCGAUUUCGAUCAACUUUCCCUGGUCAGUACGAUCGAUCAAACACUAGUGCAGUAG